UUAAUAAAAAUAAUAGUAUGCUGUGUACAGCUGACACCAAAAGUAUGACCGUAUUCGCCACUUCCUUUUUCAUUCGACAGACGGCUUCGCGUGCGGAAACAAAAGCUUCUUAUGAAACUGUUAAAAAAAUGUGAGUCGCAGCCACACAAUUACCCGAGCGAGCGUAGUGCCGCUUAGCUAAGCGUAUCUGCGUAAACUGCGUAGCGGGCGGAACCUUUAGUGUAACCGCAUUGUUGUUGAGAAGAGGAGCUGGGACAGCUGCCUUUUCUUGCUUAGAACUCCGACUUCGGCUUCACUAAUGGUUGUUUUCAGCAGGAGUGAGAAGGGCAAUCUUCAGCCGCUCGACCGCCUGGGAUACAGGGCACAUCGACCGAAUUAAACAACGCGAGGUUUUUGCUUUGAGACGCAGCUCCACUGGAACAGAUUGUGUGGAAUCACAGUCACUCCGUAGGGCUACAUCGCCAUUGCUAUCAGCUCCUGCCCUGUCUCGGGAACAAAACGCUAGAAAGUUAAAGAGGAAUUUCUUCUGAAAUGAGAAGAAAAGGGCGACAUCACAGAGCUUCCAUGGCUCGCCGUUCUACUUCUCCCUGCAACAUCAAGCAUUCUCCAACCCGGGAAACACUCACCUAUGCCCAGGCUCAACGAAUGGUAGAAAUGGAAAUCGAUGGCCGAGUACAUAGAAUCAGUAUUUUUGACUCUUUGGAAAUAAUUUCUGAGGAUGACAUUACAGCACAAGAGCUUACAGAAUGUAAUAGCAAUAAAGAAAACAGUGAACAGCCACAGGUUUUGGUGAGAUCUAAAAGGCUAAAAAACAAUAAUUUAAAAAAGAACAAUGUAGCAGUGCCAAACGUGCAUGGGGGACAAGCAACAUCUAGUGCACUUCCUGAACCUAAAAUUCGAAUUGUGGAAUACAACCCUCCUGUUGCUCCUCGGAGACCGCCUUCUUAUUACACAUUUAUUGAAAAAUCUUCAGAUGAGCUUGAUAAAGAAGUGGAAUAUGAUAUGGAUGAAGAAGACUAUGCAUGGCUGGAACUAAUUAAUGAGAAACGUAAAAGUGAAGGAUUGAGUGUUGUGUCUCAAAAUGUUUUUGAAUUUCUCAUGGACAGAUUUGAGAAAGAGUCAUUUUUUGAGAGCCAGAAUCAGGGGGAUCCUCAGUCUCUUAUUGAUGAAGAUGCAGUGUGUUGCAUAUGCAUGGAUGGAGAGUGCCAGAACAGUAAUGUAAUUUUGUUUUGUGACAUGUGUAAUUUAGCAGUUCACCAAGAGUGUUACGGAGUGCCAUAUAUCCCAGAAGGACAGUGGCUUUGUCGACACUGUUUACAGUCUCCUAACCAGCCAGUUGAUUGUGUACUUUGCCCAAAUAAAGGUGGUGCUUUUAAAAAGACAGAUGAUGACCGAUGGGGACAUGUUGUUUGUGCUCUUUGGGUGCCUGAAGUGGGUUUUGCUAAUACAAUUUUUAUUGAACCGAUUGAUGGUGUAAGGAACAUACCACCAGCAAGGUGGAAAUUAACUUGUUACCUUUGUAAGCAGAAGGGAGUGGGAGCCUGUAUCCAAUGCCAUAAGGCAAACUGUUACAUUGCAUUUCAUGUGACUUGUGCUCAGAAAGCAGGCUUAUACAUGAAAAUGGAGCCUGUUAAAGAAGUAACAGACACUGGAACAACUUUUUCAGUUAAAAAGACAGCCUAUUGUGAUUCACAUACUCCUGCAGGUUGUACUAGAAGGCCGUUAAUGAUUUACGAAGAAAGUGAAACAAAAAAUGGCCUUUGUCAGAAAGGUGAAAAAAGUGGUAGAACUCCAUUAAAAGGCAGGCAGAAAAGCAAGAAGAAUAAAAAGGGUUUAACAGAACCAACCAGUUCUGUUCCUUCAAAGUCUGUUCCUUGUAUUCCUCCUCAAAGGUUGAACACAAUUCUUAAUCAGAUUGCCGUACAGCGUAAGAAAUUAUUUAUUGAACGUAUUUUAAGCUAUUGGUCACUGAAAAGACAGUCCAGAAAUGGUGUUCCAUUAUUGAGGCGAUUACAGUCCAGUUUGCAGUCACAACGGACUUCUCAGCAGAAAAAGGAUGAUGAAGAAAGCAAGGCUUUAAAAGAACAGUUAAAAUAUUGGCACAGGCUUCGUCAUGACCUUGAGAGGGCACGCUUAUUGGUAGAAUUGAUACGAAAAAGAGAAAAGUUAAAAAGAGAAGAGAUCAAGCUUCAGCAAGUUGCUCUUGAGCUGCAGCUAACUCCUUUCACUGUUCUUCUGCGAUCAGUUAUUAAUCAGCUUGAAGAAAAAGAUUCGGCUAAGAUAUUUGCCCAACCAGUUAACCUCAAAGAGGUCCCUGAUUAUUUGGAUCAUAUUAAACAUCCUAUGGAUUUUUCUACAAUGCGAAAAAGAAUAGAAGCCCAGGGAUAUAAAAAUCUUGAUGAGUUUGAAGAAGAUUUCAACAUUAUUAUUGAAAAUUGUAUGAAGUACAAUGCUAAAGAUACAAUAUUUUAUAGAGCAGCUGUUCGAUUAAGGGAUCAAGGAGGUGCUGUUCUAAGACAAUGCAGGCGGCAUGCUGAGCAAUGCGGAUUUGAUAACGAAACGGGAAUGCAUCUACCUGAAACACCAAAGAUUGAAGACCCCCCUCCAUUCACUUGGGAAGAUGUGGAUAAGAUUCUGAAUCCAGCAAAUCGAGAACACAUGACGCUAGAUGAUCAACUUAAAGAACUGCUUGAAAAAUUUGACUUAACAUGUGCCAUGAAAUCUAGUGGCUCUCGGAAUAAACGCAUCAAGUUGUUAAAGAAAGAAAUAUGCAAGGUCCGAGAGGAAAUUAGUUUUUUAAAGUCUCAGACCAUAAAAUCUGAAAUAAAUAAAAUUUCUGUGGAAGAGAACAGUUCAUUGGUAGAAGAGAUUCUAGAAGAAGAUGGGGACAAGUCCUUGCCGCCAACGCUAGAACCAUCUGAUUCUUUGCCACCUUUAAAUUCUGACAGCAAUUCAGAACCACCUACACUCAAGCCAAUUGAACUUAGUCCUGAGAACAAUAAAUUAUAUAAAAGAGUUAAGUUUGAUAAUGAAAAAGGAGGUGGAAUUUCCCCAUUAAAAGAAAGUUUAAAUGGACAUACUCAAGAACACUUGCCUAAAGACAGUGAUGUCAGUAUGUUGGCCCCAUCAGCUUUUGCAGAAUCUUCAAUUGAUGUCAACAGACGUACAUCUGUGCUCUUUCGAAAAUCUAAAAGUGUAAGUCCACAAAAACCUGGAAAAGUAACUGACGUUCAGCCUAGUUCACCUCAACUAGGGACCAAAACAUUUCUGUCGGUGGUUAUUCCAAGAUUGGAGACUCUACUUCAGCCACGAAAAAGAUCCCGGAGUGCUUGUGGUGACAGUGAAGUAGAAGAAGAAUCUCCUGUGAAACGAUUUGACACAGGGCUUACCAAUGGCUUUGGAAAUGAGGAUCUCAAAGAUCUCGCUCAAACACGAAAACUUGAACCCCGUCGCAGAUGUGCUUCAGAGUCCAGUAUUUCUUCUAGUAGUAGCCUUUUAUGCAACACAAGGUUGACAACCCUUGCAGUCGACCCUAUUACAACACUCGAGCUGUGUUCCCGGAAAAUCAAGUGGAAUGCUGGAAACUGUAUAAGACCUUUAAGCUUGGCCAUUCCAAAAGUUGGGAAAGGAAAACCAGCAUUAGUUAAAAAAAAUCCUGUUGACGAUAAAAAUGAAUUGAUCGCUUGCAUUGAAACUGGCAACUUUGCCAAAGCAGCACGCAUUGCAGCAGAUGUUGGCCACAAUAAUAUAUGGAUGCCUGCAAAUGCUGCAACUGUUGUCCUGGAACCACUUAAACUAGUUUGGGCCAAGUGUAGUGGAUACCCCUCUUAUCCAGCCCUAAUAAUAGAUCCGAAAAUGCCUCGAGCUGGAUGUCAUCAUAAUGGAGUGUCAAUUCCAAUACCCCCUUUAGAUGUUUUGAGAAUUGGAGAGCAAAUGCAAUACAAGUCUGGAGAAAAGCUUUUCCUUGUACUCUUUUUUGACAACAAACGAAGCUGGCAAUGGCUUCCAAAAUCCAAAAUGGUUCCACUUGGAGUCGACAAGACAAUUGACAAGAUAAAAAUGAUGGAGGGUCGGACAUCAAGCAUUCGAAAAGCUGUAAAAACUGCAUUUGACCGAGCAAUGAACCAUCUGAGCAGAGUACAGGGUGAAUCAGUUAGUGAUUUUAGUGAUGUUGAUUAACAUGGUUCUGAAAUGGCUUUUACAUUACUUCUUUAUAGCAUUUUCAUAGUGGGCUUAAAAGUUCACCCUUAGUGAAAGUGCUGUAGGUGUUGAUUCUUAUUUGUUUAACCCUACAGUUGCCUAAGGGAAAGCAGUACAAAAUUGUUCACUGCCACUGAAGCUGUAAAAUACUGUACUUAAUAAUUUUAACACUGAGUGUGUAUGUGUAUAUAUUUAUAUAUGUGUGUGUGUCUGUGUAUAAAUAUGUACAUAAGCAAUAUGUACAUGUAUAUACACAUUUAUAUUUAAUUAACUUAUUACAAUAUAUGUACUCAUGACUUUCCUAUUAUGUUUUUGAUAUUUUUCAAAGUUAGAAUGAUUUUAUACUGUAGUCAAAGUUUGGUAUUUAAUUUUAUGUAUAUAAUGCAAGUUGGAAUACAUACUAGGAAAGUAGGUAGAUAUAAAAACAUGAACUGCACCAUAUUCAGAACACCAAAUAAUGUGCUACCCAAAUGACCUGUUAACCUUUGUUAACCUCUCUUUUGUACAGUAUGGGGUUUUCCUUAAACUUUUAUAAUUUUUACAGUUGUAAACAAACUACAGGGACCUGUAUUUUAAAUGUAGGUAAAUGUGCCUCAUUUUGUUUUUAUUUAUUGUAAAAUUCUAUACGUUUCUUUGUAUGAAAACUGAAAAUUCGGAAGUGUUAAAAGUGUACAUUUCUAUAGGCACAUUAGAUUUUAGAUUCAAUUUUAUAGACGCUGUUUGAAGUAUUACAUGUAAAAUAAUUACAAGUUUGUGCAUAAUCAGAUGUUUUUUCAUAUCAAUGUAGGGUUUGUGAUAUUUGUUACUGUAGUGAGAAGGGUGGGUAGCAAAAACAUUUUGAUGAUUUGUUUUGCUAUAUGCUAUGUAAAUAAACUUAGUAUCUUAUUUUUUAUUUGACUGGGUUGGGAAGAAGCAUUAGAGGUGGGGUCAAAAAGAUGGGUGGGUUUACAGCAUAUAUUUUUUUUUUUACAUUGGAAAUAAAUUCAGAGUUUUGAUUUUUAUCUUAACAAGUUUCUCUCUGGACAUUAUUUGUUGCAAAAUGAUUGAAGUAUGUUUCCUUUCAACAAUACACAUGCUGAUUAUAGCAAUUACUACUAGA